AGACAGAUUCGAUCAGAGUUUUGUUCGACUAGGCCUAAAGAUCUGAUCGAUAGCCAAUCAUGUUCUGGCGUGACUUCCGGUUUUCCCGAAGUCCGUUUGUUGUUAAUCUAGAUUACAAACUAUCGUUGGGUUUUUCUGCUCGCUUGAAAACUCUGGCAUGCCUUGCCUGUAUUAUAUCCGGAGUUCCUAGCAAUGAACAAUGUCACAAAAUGGAUUCUGCAAUGAAAUGUGAACUGAGAAAUGGAGCUGCAAGAGCAAUGAAAAAGACAGCCUGUUGUUGAGAGUGUUCUGGAGAGGCUUUAGAUUUGAGACACUGAAAGAUUUACUGUUAAAAUUAGAAUGCAUAUUACCCCUUGGAACGAUAGUAGACAUGAUUGAUUGAAUCCAGAACUCGUCUUAGAUUUAGAGAAGUUAUUUGUUUACACUAUUCGAGUCUGAAAUGGCAGCUGGGGGAUCUGGCCGUGGUAACCCCUUUGAGAGCCCAGGGAGUAGUAAAGCAGGAUCAGGGCACAGUAAUGUUGGAACACUGGGGUCCACAGGAGCAAACCAGAAAAGAGAUAAGCGUUCUGUAGCAGUUUAUCUGAAGGGAGAAAGCACUAAAGGAAAUAAUUCGAAGCCUCUCAAUGAUUUCCUUGAUAAUAUCUGUGAGCCUCAAAAAGCAAUUGAUGACUUGGAGGCAAUUGACUGGUGCAAGUGGAUCAUCUCGGGAGGGUUAACAUUUGAGGAAUUCAGCAAGAAAGUUAGUGACUAUGACAGUUCUGUCAUGUGUGGUUUGGUAUGGACAGCACACUUUGUUGCCUACCGCUGUCGAACCUGUGGCAUAUCACCAUGCAUGUCAAUUUGCUCGGACUGUUUCCAAGCGGGAAACCAUGAAGGUCAUGACUACAACAUGUUUCGCAGUCAAGCUGGAGGUGCUUGUGAUUGUGGUGAUUCCAGCGUCAUGAAGCCGGAAGGGUUCUGCCCACGACAUGGGGAAAAUCAUGACAACAAAGCUGCGGCAACACCGCCAGCAGAACUGAUGGCUGUUCCCAAAGAAAUGAUGCCAAGACUCUUCUUGAGAUUGUUGUUCUAUCUGAGAUCACAAUUUAUCGCUCACAGCAGAUUGGCUUACUUCUUGGGGUCCUUGCUCAAUCCAGCUCGUAUGGUCAAAAACCAUUACAGACAUUAUAUGCCAAGCAUCAGUGAUCUGGAGCCAUAUUUGAAUUUCCUGCAAUCGCUAAGUGAUAUGGGAGCUGCAAUGAGGAGGAUUAUGACUCAGGCCCUCACAGAUGAAGCAAGCUACAAAAAGGCUGUUGAACCACCACUUGAGGGAGAACAACUGGGUGAUUAUGCUUCCUUCCUGGAACGGCGGAACUCCCUCUUUGAGACACCCCCAAAUUUUGAAAAAUACAAAGACCGACCAGGUUUAAGCCAAAAGCUGGAGUACACCACCAUUAUUGAAGAAUUGCUGUACUGGGUGGUCCACUUUGAGUUUCCACAGCGACUGGUUACCUUUCUUCUUGGAUUGCUGCCUGACGACCUGUACAAAGAUGCCUUUUCCAAAGCUUUUGUGAAGCAUUACUCUCGCAUUUCCAUGGUUCUUAUGAGCGCCAAGGAAAGAACAACUGUGGCCAAUCGCAUUGUGCACAUCAGUGUGCAGUUGUUCAGCAAUGAGCACUUGGCUGUCCAGCUGACAGAAAAUUAUAGUCUCCUGCUAGCUAUAAUUUUGAGUCUGAGCAACAUGAUACAGAGCAUCAGAGUGGGAAGCUGUUUGGAAGGUAUGGAUGUGAAAUCCAAUUUCCAUUGUGUUGUGAAUUGUGAGCAUGGGAUCAUGAAAGAUCACUGCUACUGGCCUGUGGUCAGUGACCUGAUCAAUGUGUUGUCUCACCGCAAGAUCGCACACAGAUUCUUACAGGACCCAGACCUCAUUGUGCUGUGGUUGGAUCUGCUCACUGAUAUGCAGGGCAUGAAUCUGAACGUGAGAGAGCUGACACAACAUGUUGAGUUUGAACCAGAGACUUACUAUGCAGCAUUCUCAGCGGAGCUGGAGAUAUCGGCCUCCCCAAUGUGGUCCCUGCUCAUGCAUUGCCAAACUCAGGACACCUGUCAUUAUGUUCUGGAAAUGAUCAAGGCCACAAUAGUGGCUCUACAGGACUGGUUUGAAGCUAUCAAUUUUAAGGAUUCCAUGAAGCCUGUUUCUACUCAGCUGACAUUUCAUCUGCCACUUCAUCGGUACCUGUCUAUGUUCACUAUGACUGCUGUAAACGUUCAUGGAGUUGACGUUGCCAGUGUGCUACCAGAUGAAAGCACUUUGAAAAAAAUCAUGAUGCAUGUGUUGCAAAUUCAGGUCUGCUUAACCCAAAUCUAUGCUGGGAUGUGGGUCAGAAACGGAGUCCAGAUCAAAGGUCAAGCAAUGACUUACAUACAGUGUCAUUUCUGUUAUUCAAUGGCAGACGCUGACCUCUAUCUCCUUCAGUUGUGUGCUGCUGGGCUGGACCCGGAUUACUUUGUGGAAACCACACUGGACAGAUACCAGAUUAUGAAGUGGCUUUCCUACUCCCCUGAGUCCUCAAACACUGGAAGCUCCAUGGAUGCUGACCACGAGCUGGCUAUGGUUGAGGGAGCGCUCAGCUUUUUCUGUGCCUUGCUGGGGAUGCACACUUAUCUGGGUGUAAGUGAAACAGACUUGAUGCGCAAGGAGAUGUCUUCCUUGCUGUGCAUGAAUGACCGGCAGCACAGUGCAUUAAUGGAUCUCAUGCCAGAAAAGACUGGAGUCGGGGGUUUGGCGAAGGAACUGUUUGAGCCGACGUUGAAAGAGCUCUCUGAAUAUAAAGCACCCAACUUUGAGGCUGGUGGACUGCAACAGGGCACUUAUGUACCAAAAGCGGCUGUGUGGGAAAAUGAUUUUGAUCCCGUACACGUGUCUCAAAGGGCCAUCUAUCGUCGAGACAUGCAGUCGGCUAUGGAUCGUUACUGUGACUUUUUGCGUGUCAACAAAAAGUACAAGAAGAAGACCGCUCCUUGGCCCCCUUUUUUGAUAAAAGAAGGAAUCAACCCUGCGUACAGAGGCAUCUACCGUUUGCUAAACUGCAAAGUUUUGCAUGCAUUCCUGUUCACAGUUCUACAUAAGGCUGUUGCUUUUGAGAAGAGCGUGCCAGAGAACAUCUUGUGUUAUACCAUGCACUUGCUGGCGAUGUGUCUUCAUUUUGCCCCAAGUUCUCCAUCCACCAGGAGAUCAGCUGCGAAUCUCUCGGUGCAUGACAGUGAGCUGAGCACGUGGUACACCACUGCAGAUAUCAGAGCCAAUGCCUGUGAUACCAUCAAUGAAGUGAUCGUUUCGUUGCCCACAACUGAGGAAGAAAUCCAGGCGAGCUUUUCAUCUGUGGAUACAGAUGUGGAAAUGUCCAGUCUGGAAGAGAUGUUUCAGAUUCAGCCUUCCACCAUGAUUUCAUCAGCAGGUCCUGUUACCUCGGCUCAGAUGGGGAAAAUUCCAGCUCUGGCUAUUGUUUCCGUUCCCUCAGUGUCCGACGGUGAGACUGCAGAUUCAACUGACAACCUCGGACAGGCCAGAUCGUCUGUAAAGAGUUUUGAGAGCCGAGGAGUUUCAACUGGUCGAUUCUCCUCCAAGAAAAUCAACAUCAAAGAGAGCCUCAUAUCAGUCCUUAUCAAGCUACAUACAAAGCUCUCAGGGACUGCAUGUUACAAACCAUCACCUGUGACUUCAGUGACAACGGUUGGAGAUGGAGCAGCGUAUGUUGGUAGUUUCUUAGACAAUCUGUACGCUGCCAGCUCUAGUGCGUCUCGAGUAAUCGAUGAAGCGUGUCGGUCCCUUAGCAUGUCCAAAGUGAGAGCAGGACCGUCUCAUACGGAAAAAGACAGCAAGAGAAGAAAGGCUUGGAACAGGCAGCAAAAGCUCAUGGCUGAAUUUGCAUCCAAGCAAAAAACAUUCAUGGAACAAGCGAUGGAUGAAGACUCCAAAAUGGCAGAAGGAGAUGAGAUACAAUGUGACCAGCAGGAAGAAUGCAAGGUAACAGCCAAAGAGUAUGACUGUGUCAUAUGCAGUCAGACAACGCCAUCUUCUGGUGACCGCCCAGUUGGGCUGAUUGUUUUCCUCCAAGCUUCAAGUGUUUUGAGUCAUCGGCACCGGAAAGACCAAGAGCACUCGCUGAGCCUAUCAGAAUCUCAAAUCCAAAGAUAUCGGAAGUCAUCUUGUGGAAAAGUGUACAAGCAGAAAUUUGAGAUCCUGCAGAAACAUUUUGAGGAGAAAUCAUGUGAGCUGUCGGUCAGUAUUGGCUGGGAAGGAGGUGUGGUGGCUCAGACGUGUGGCCACUAUUUGCAUCUGGACUGCCACAGGUCUUACAUGGACUCUUUGCCGACUCAGAGUCAGGCAGAGGUGUUGGCUGUGAAUAAGCGUGAGUACUGGUGUCCACUGUGCAGACAGCUGUCUAAUGCGGUCAUCCCUAUUGUACCAGAGGAAAGCCUCACCACACAAGGGAAAGCUGGUGCAAAAGACCCCAAACAGAUGUUGAAAGACAUUGCUGAUAUGCUGUCCAAGCCUCGUUUAGGCAUGAGCCUUUCGAGUCAGACUCAAGCCAUGAGCACAGUCAUGGAGGAUCUCACCAACAUUACUUAUCCGUCAUAUCGUGCUUUCUCCAGCUCGCCAAAUACAGAGAGUGUUCUUCUCUUCAUCUCUUCUUUAACGAGGAUAAAUCUGGAAGUUGAACUACUUCAAAGAGGAGGUAACCUUGUGUCCGCUCCUACAUCGAGUGCCAUCAAGAAACACUGUUUUUUGCCUCUUUUCCAAGUGUUGAGCCUGCAUAGUAAGGUGUUGGUGUCGUCCAGUACCUACAUAGAUUUGCUGUCUAACAUCACAGGAAAGAAGUGUGGUGGUGAAUCUGACAGUGUGUCUGUCUCUGAGAGACAAGUGCCCCUGCUGUUGAAAGACCCUUUGAGCCUCCUUGUCCAGUUUGUUUUAACCUUGUCACAUGCUAUGGAGCCUGAACAUCUAGACUUCUUAAUUCAGAUGUUGUACAACAUGGUGUAUGUCCAAGCCUUGGUGUAUCUGAGUCUGAAGUUCUCAAGCGAGGAGCGAGAUGCGUGGCGCAGGAAAGGAAGACAGAGUCAAGUGUUUACCAUGGAAGGUCUGCUGAGCCUGGUGAUUAAUUGGCUUUCCCGAACCACUCUUUAUGAGGAGGAUAGCAGCUCAUGCAAACUCCCUGCUAUAUGUCAGAGUGUGUGGUCCCCUCAGAGUGUGGAGCAAACAGUACAAGAGUUUUGUCUUCCUUUCUUGCGGGUCUGCAGUCUGCUCAAGCAGCAUCUGUUCGACACCACAAUCCCCACUUUGGAGGGACAAAGCGAGUUUCUCUUGCUGGCUUCGUACUUGAAUUUAUGGCAGCCCGGUACCAGGGUUGACGAGACUUCCAGCAGCACGUCAUGUGUACAGUGGGUUGUUGAUGAGCCGCACACACUGGUUCGAGGCUGGUGUAAUCACAUUGCGGAUUUAAUCAACUCCCAUGUACAAGAUUCAAAGACUGUGCUGCUUAUCAACCCCAGCUGGCAACGGCCGAGUCUGAUCAAGCUGCCGAAACGCUAUUAUCAGAUUUUCCAGAUGUUCCGCUCUGCAAGAUGCGGUGAAUGCCACGGCACACCAAAAGACCCGGCCAUAUGCCUUGUCUGUGGCCAGUUUGUCUGUUUCAGAGGGAGCUGCUGCUCACAGAAUUCGGUGUAUGAAAGCGUCGCGCAUUCCAUUGACUGUGGGGCUGGCACUGGCAUGUUUUUAUUGGUCAACUCCAGCAUUGUGAUCGUCGUUCGAGGUCCCCGUGCCACGCCUUGGGGAUCUGUCUACCUGGAUGAACACGGGGAGGAAGACCGAGACCUCAAACGAGGCAAGCCUCUGUUCCUCAGCAUGGCUCGGUAUAGCCUUCUGGAGACACAGUGGUUGUCUCAUAGCUUCGACCACACCUGUAAGCGAUGGAUUUGGCACAGGGAUCAACUCUAGUGGGCCGUGGCUUCAAUGUUACAAGGGCAUGUUGUACUGUGCUGGUGGAGUUGUAGAAACAUCUAUAUAUUCCUGUACAUUGUAAAUACCAGAGCCUACCUGUUGACCUAGAGGGUGUAUAUUUAGUUUUCAACAGUAAUCUGCCAGUAAGUUACUUAACUGCAUUCACAGGGAUGCUUGUGAUAGAUGUAUUUUAUCAUUUAUGUUGGUUUUAUUUAGGGAACUCGUGAUAAGUCCUACUGUUUUCCCCAGCCUGUAAUUGAAGUUUUAGUGAUCUUACAUUUUGUCGAUGUGCUUCCUUUUAAACUUGUCUCAUGCUUACAUAUCCCUGUUGUGUUUGUCAUAACCUUAUUAUUUUGAAGUCAAACAUGAAAAUGGUGACUCCUGUAUUAAAUGAGGGAUGAAACAUCAGCAGAUAGCUUUCUGCAGGACAGCAUUACUGUAUCGUUUGAUGAUUCCUGUUACAUCCGAAACAGGCUGUCACUGACAAUGGAUUACUAUAAUGUUACUGAUAGACUCACAUUACUUUAUUCAUAACUGCAUUGUUGUAUGUCACAUUGGUGGUUGGAAGGCACCACUGAUAGAUCCCCUUUAUUUUACCACCUCUCAAAUAAUAAAUGUUCUUCUCUUUCUGCUGGAAAAUUAUGGAAUUAUAAUGCAUUGGGCUUCAUCUGUAGUGCUGAUGUGAAGAAUCAAGAAGUAGUGAGUGAGGGGAAGAUUUUCUUUGCUUCAUAGAUAUAUCUACACCUAAAAAA